AAACUAAUAAAAAUAUUGGAAAGAAGACAUUGAUAGGAUGCAAAACUGGGCUGAGAAGUGGCAGAUGGAGUUCAACCCAGAUAAGUAUGGGUGGUUCAACUUGGUAGGUCAAAUAUGCUGGCAGUAUAUAGUAUUAAUGGUAAGACUCUUGAUAGUGUGGAGGAUCAGAGGGAUCUUGGGGUCUGAGUCCAUAGGAACUCAAAGCUGCUGCGCAGGUUGACUUUUUUUUUAAGAAGGCAUAUAGUGCAUUGCCCUUCAUCAGCCAUGGGAUUGAAUUCAAGAGCCAAGAGGUAAUGUUACAGUUGUAUAGAACCCUGGUCAGACCCCACUUGGAGUACUGUGCUCAGUUCUGGUCACCUCACUACAGGAAGGAUGUGGAAACUAUAGAAAGUGAACUGGGCCUUUUCUCCUUGGAUUGACGGAAGAUGAGAGGUGACCUGAUAGAGAUGUAUAAGAUGAGAGGCAUUGAUCGUGUGGAUAGUCAGAGGCUUUUUCCCAGGGCUGAAAUGGCUAACACGAGAGGGCACAGUUUUAAGGUGCUUGGAAGUAGGUACAGAGGUAAGUUUUUUUUUUAUGUAGAGAGUGGUGAGUGCAUGGAAUGUGCUGUUGGCGAUGGUGGUGGAGGCGGAUACGAUAGGGUCUUUUAAGAGACUUUUGGAUAGGUACAUGGAGUUUAGAAAAAUAGAGGGCUAUGGGUAACCCUAGACAAUUUCUAAAGUAAUUACAUGUUCAGCACUGCAUUGUGGGCCAAAGGGCCUGUAUUGUGCUGUAGGUUUCCAAUGUUUCUAUGUUAAGGUGUUGCCCUUAAUCUGGAUUAUUGGGAUCUCUUCUGUAGAAGUUAUGACCUGUACAAAGUGGACAGUUUAUACAUACAUAUGGAUGCAGUUUGUAGUGAGUGUAUGAGGAUGGACAAGCAAAAUUAUAAUGUAUGGGAUGAGGUGAACAUGAGGGCAAAAUAAAAAGGGUGAUGAAUACAGGACUGAAGGUGUUAUGUUUGGAUGCACUCAGUAUACAGAAUAAAGUAGAUAAUCUUGUAGCACAGUUAAGAGAUUAGAAGGUAUGACAUGGGCAUCAUUGAGAUGUGGCUGAAAGAAGAUCAUAUUCAUGAUCUUAACACCCUUUUAUGGAAAGGGCAGACACUAAGCAGAGGGGGUGGGGUCUGCUUUGUUGGUAAAAAAUGAAAGCAAAUCCUUUGAAGGAGGUCACAUAGGAUUGGAAGAUGUAGAAUCCUUGUGAGUAGAGUAAACACUAUAAGGGUAAGAAGACCCUGACGAAAGUUGUAUUCAGGCCCUGGAACAAUAGCCAGGAUGUGGGAUAUAAAUUUCAAUGGGAAAUAGAAAAGACAUGUAAUGUAGUCAUGGAGGAUUUCAAUAUGUAGGUCGUUUGGGAAAAUCAGGUUGGUGCUAGAUACCAAAAAAGGGAAUUUGUAGAUCAUGCUUUUUUAAAGCAGCUUGUGGUUGAGCCCUCUAGGGGAAGGACAAUUUUGGGGUGGGUUUUGUGUAAUGAACCAGAAUUGAUUAGGGAGUUUAAGGUAGCUGAGUUAAAUAAACUCUUGGGAGGCAGUGAUCAUAAUAUGAUAGAAUUCACCCUGUAGUUUGAGAGGGAGAAGAUAAAAUUAGAUGUAUUACAGUUGAAGUAAAGGGAAAUAUUGAAGCAUGAGAGAAGAGCUGGCCAAAGUUGAUUGGAAGGGGACACUAGCAGGGAUGACAGCAGAACUGCGAUGGCUGGAGUUUCUUGGGAUAAUUCAGAAGAUUCAACAUGGAUAUAUAGCAAAGAUGAAGAAGUAUUCUAAGCUGGCGAGAGAUCUGAGAUCUACAGUGGGCAAGAAUCCCCUCUUGCCGACCGGAACUCCCAGGAUCUCUAUCUUACAUGCAGAUACCAUCCCUAUUAUACAGGCAAAGGCAGCUCAAGCAUUUCAUCCGACAUAAGUUCAAGCACUGAUCACACGUUGACCAAAGCCACAAAGAAUGCCGCUGCCAGUGAAGAUUCAGAUUUGAGUAUGCGGACACUGAGUACACCCAGUCCUGCAUUGAUAUGCCCUCCGAACACACAGUCUAUUCAAAAUGGCCAAGAGUCCUCCACCUCAUCUUCUUCUGUCACAGGAGAGACCAAUGCUAUGAUCCAUUCCCAGUCUGUGUUGCUCAUCCCUCAGGGUGUCAUCAGGCCAGCAUCAAGGCAACAGAAAGAACAGUCUCCCAUUGACAACCUUCCCGAUCAAACCCUGAUUGAAAUGUUUUCACACCUUCCUACCAACCAGCUGUGCCGUUGCACAAGGGUCUGCCGUCGUUGGUACAAUCUCUGCUGGGACCCACGUCUAUGGAGGACUAUUCGUCUCACAGAAGAAACAGUGAAUGUGGACAGAGCUCUGCGUGUGCUCACCCGAAGGUUGUGUCAGGACACACCUAAUGUCUGUCUUACAUUGGAAAAAGUCAUCCUUCAAAGCUGCAGGCGGCUGAGUGACAGGGGUCUCUACACCAUUGCUCAGUGUUGUCCAGAACUACGGCAAUUGGAAGUGCCUGGCUGUUACAACAUCUCCAAUGAAGCACUCUAUGAUGUUGUCUCCCGGUGUCCCAACUUGGAGUAUCUGGAUGUUUCAGGUUGUUCCAAGAUAACCUGCAUCAGUCUGACAAGAGAAGCUUCCAUUAAAAUCUCUCCACUUCAUGGAAAACAAAUUUCCAUCCGCUACCUGAAUAUGACAGAUUGCUUUUUACUUGAAGAUGAAGGACUACACAUAAUAGCAGCUCACUGCACACAGUUAACACACCUCUAUCUGCGCAGAUGUGUCCGCGUUACAGACGAGGGCCUUCACUUCCUGAUGCUUUAUUGCACAUCAAUCAAGGAGCUGAGUGUUAGUGACUGCCGAGCUGUGACUGAUUUUGGGAUGAGAGAGGUGGCAAAGUUGGAAGCACACCUAAGGUACCUCAGCAUUGCUCACUGUGUCCGGAUUACAGAUGUAGGGAUCCGCUACAUUGCCAAGUACUGCAGCAAACUGCGCUACCUAAACGCUCGAGGUUGUGAUGGACUGACUGAUCAUGGGAUUGAGUACCUUGCCAAGAAUUGCACAAAACUCAAGUCCCUGGAUAUUGGCAAGUGUCUAUUGAUUUCUGAUGCCGGCAUGGAGUUUUUAGCGUUGAACUGCUACAACCUUAAGCGGCUCAGUCUUAAGUCAUGUGAGAGUGUCACUGGUCGUGGUUUAAAGAUUGUUGCUGCUAACUGCUUUGAGUUGCAGGUGUUGAAUGUACAGGACUGUGACAUCUCGGUUGAGGCACUGCAGUUUGUCAAACGCCAUUGCAGGAGGUGUAUUAUAGAGCACACCAAUCCAGCUUUCUUUUGACAAGAUUACAUUAAUACAGCACAGACCAUAGAUCGUAAAGUCUGAAUUUUUAUUAUCUCUUGUUUUUUUCUAAAUUCAAAUAUUUAGUUAAUUUCUGCACUGUACAUAUGAUGUCAUGCUAAUAUUUAUAUACUAUUAUGCAUUUAUACAAUUUUGCUUGUCAAACAUCAAUAUAAAUCAAUAUCUGGAGACAUAAAUGCAGAUUUUGGAAAGAAUUAAUCAACAUUUUCCUUUGUUCUUAAAUUCCUCACUGGAAAAUAUAAAAGCAAUCAGCAGAAUAUAGUUUGCCUUGAGUUUUCAACUUUCUUAAACUAGAGCACCAUGUUUUUGGGUAGCAUCCUACUAUAACACAUGAACUGUGGGCAGGACGGUGGUGCAGCUGAUAGAGCUUAUGCCUAACAGAUUGCUGUCUUUCUGGAAAUUACACGCUUUCCCAGUGACUGGAUUUCCUCCCACAUCCUAAAACUACAUAGGUUGGUAUGUUAAUUGGCUACUGCAAGUUGCUCUUUCUGUGCAAAUCAGUGGUAGAAUCUGAUUGAGGAUGUAGAGAAAGUAACAAAAUGGGAUUAAUGUACAAUUAGUAUAAAUGGGUGCUUGACAGCACUGAAUUGUUGGGUCAAGCUAUGCAACAGUAUGGAGUACAUAAAAUAAGUUUUGUUUUACAACAAGUUACUUCAUGGUGUUAAAAGUGGCAAUAUUGUUUGUUAUGAAACACUGUUUUAGCCAUUAUGGAAAUUUUGUGAUGCCAUUGGCUCUAAGUUCAGAAGCUUAAGCUGUACAAUCAAAUUAAUGUUACCAAAUACUACAACACUAGGAAAUACAUAUUAUAAAGUUGUUUGCAACAAGCUCAUAUAUGGUUGUAUUAUAGAAAGUGGCAAUUGUAUGCAGUUUACUCAGAAACAUUUAUUUAGCCAGUUGCAAGCAAUGUGAUAUCACUGGCACCAAGGUUAAGUUGUACUAUUAAAUAAAUGUUACCAAAUGCUUGAUCACCAGGAAAUAUACAAAAUGAAGUUCUAUGCACCAGGUUGCUACAUGUGUUUAUUUAAGAAAGUGGCAAUCAUACACUGCUUUCUGAGAAACACUGAUUUAGCCGAACUGGACGUUCUGAGAUACCAUUGGAUUUACCUUCUCAAACUUAAGUUGUACAGUACAAACAGGUAAAAGCUGCCAAACACUUCAUCACUAGGAAAUACAUAGAAUAAAGUUGU